GGGCCUGGACUACUCGCAGCUUGUCAAUUUCAACAUUUGGUCACAUGACCAGCACCUCCCUGCUAAGGAUGGGGAUAGAUUUCCACGUCAGCUUACGUCUCCAAAUUUCUACUUCACGGAUCUGCUUCAAAGACGCAGCUGCAUCCGAGAAUCAUGUGGAGCUCAGCUAAUGCGCCGAGAGCGAGGUAGCCCAGGAUGGAUUUUGAUGAGCGCGUGCCCUGCUCGUCUAACAUGUAUUUACCCAGUUGUACUUACUACGUCUCGGGUCCUGACUUCUCGAGCCUCCCUUCUUUUUUGCCCCAAACCCCGUCUUCUCGCCCCAUGACAUACUCCUACUCGUCCAACCUCCCCCAGGUCCAACCUGUAAGAGAAGUAACCUUCCGGGAGUACGCCAUUGAGCCCUCCAGUAAAUGGCACCCCCGGGCCAACCUGCCCCACUGCUAUUCCGCAGAGGAGCUCAUGCACAGAGACUGCCUGCCCGCCUCCGGCAGCGCGAGCGUGGGCGACAUGCUGGCCAAGAACUCCGCCAACGUCUACCACCACCCCAGCACCACGGGCACCUCGUCCAAUUUCUAUAGCACUGUGGGCAGGAACGGGGUCCUGCCCCAGGCUUUCGACCAGUUUUUUGAGACUGCCUACGGCCCCCCGGACAACCUGGCCACCGCCUCCUCCGACUACCCGGGGGACAAGGGCACGGACAAAAUGCCCCCGGCGGCCGGGGCGGCGGCGGCAGCUGCAGCUGCCCCGCCAACUUCAAGUUCGGACGCCGCCGGCGGCGGCUGUGGCGGCAGGGAGAAUGCAGCGGCGGCGGCGGCUGCUGCGGCAGCGGCGGCCGCCGCUGCAGCAGAGGAGAAGGAAAGGCGCCGGCGGACUGAAAGCAGCAGCAGCCCCGAAUCUUCUUCCGGCAACAAUGAGGACAAAUCCAGCGGCUCCAGUGGCCAGCGGACCCGGAAAAAACGUUGCCCCUACACAAAAUACCAGAUUCGAGAACUCGAGAGAGAAUUCUUCUUCAGUGUCUAUAUUAACAAGGAGAAGCGUCUCCAGCUCUCCCGAAUGCUCAACCUGACCGACCGCCAAGUCAAAAUCUGGUUUCAGAACAGACGCAUGAAAGAAAAAAAAAUUAACAGAGACCGAUUACAAUACUACUCCGCCAACCCGCUACUCUAAAGUCGGUCCGCCUUGGGGGGUUCGUGGGGCUUUUUUUUUUUCCAAGAAGAGAUUAAAUUCCUAUUUCGCCCUUGACAAGGUCAAGCCACACGGGUGACUUUUCAGGAGAAAGAUGUGGAACCGAGGGAUAGAGGGACUGGGGGGUUCACACGCCAGGACAGCGCCCUGGGCCUUUGGUGGGGUUUUGGCGUUAUUAAGGAGGAUAGUGGAAUGUUCCUAUUCCCAUAUCAACUGGAAUCCAUUCCAUUGGGACCCUUAUGGCUCUAAGACAGAGUAUUUUGGUUGCCCCACACUCCAGGGUGGAACUUUUUAUCUCUUACUGUGACGGACCCUGUACCCGGGCUAUAAGGAAACUGGCUCCUUACUUUCCAAAGGGAGGCAUAGGACAAAGGGAGAAGGGGUCUCCACACCUAGCUGUAGGUCCCUUUGCUUGGGCCUCAGUGCAGGAUGGCUGACCUAAGAUGGAAAGGGGUGCUAAGACCCAGGAUAUGCAGCGAGGACCAAUGCGAAAUCAAACUUGGAAAAAACAACCACACCACCAAAAACAAACUGCAGACGUGGGGGGGAGGGGGGGGGAAGAAGGAGGAAGGUACCGAAGAAAGGGGGAUUCUUCAGUUAGAGCAGGGCCCCACUCCCUCUCGAUGGAAAGGAAGAUAAACAGUACUCUCUCCAACAGCCAAAACGAAAAGAGGCUAAUUAGCCUUUGGUUGCAGUCGAGAGGGAACACAGUGGAAACGUUUCUGAAAUAUUUCAGGUACCGACUUACCCGAUCCCUUGGGAGUGGGGGGGAGAAAAAGGAAAAAAACAGGACCGCGAUCACAGCAGCCCCAGCCCUCUGCCCACCUGGAGAGACUCUGGGUUUUGUAGCGGUUAAGUAACCAAGCUGGAGAGAGCCCACCCGGGGCUCGGACUGAACCCCUGAACUUCAACAAUGGACCAGAGGGAGAAGGGAGAGAAAAGACAAAUUCCUCUCACAAGCUGCUUCUGACUCCUCAAACUUUCUUCAGGAAAUACCUGUGGAGAGCGAGUUUGGCAAAUCCCACCCAACACUUAAUUGAGACGUGGAUUUGUGCAAUGCACUGACAUCGGAUCAUUAAAAGUCCUUUCAUCCAGUGUUGUUUGCGAAAGUAGGGAGGGAGGCAGGAAUUCCGCAAUGGGGCAGAGCAGGCAGACAAUGUAAAUACUCGCAUUCUGUUUUCUCCCCUCCAGUUGCGUGUAUGUCCUACCAUUCCAUGUCCUAAAAAGCUUUGCCCGAAGUACACCAGGAAAGGGGAGUUGUUCGCAAUUAUUUUAAAAGAAAAAUAGUCUAUAGAGAUAUAUAUAUUUCCCUGCAGGAACCAAAGCGAUGGAAGAAAAUGCAAUUUAAAGAAAAAGGAAGAAUGAAAACUAUUUAAGAUUCUAUAUCUGUUUACAAAAGGAGCGAUGUUCAUGGCGAGAUUAAUUUACUGGUGAGAAUUUUGAAUGUAUGUUUCAUACAGGAACAGUGUUUUACAAGACUUGUAAAUAAAGAAACCAUAACCUA